AUGUCAUUAGCGGCCGAUGGGACACGUUCAGAAUCAGAGGACAUGCCAUUUGUUCCGCCGUCUUACACACCCACAAGAUCGUCUAUGAUUCCUAUGCCUGAUGUAAUUCGACGAUUAUUCGCUCUCUUUCCGCUGCGUGUUUGGCCUGCGGCGCAAGCAGUGUCAGAUCGCGAAGUCGUCAAGAUGCCAAAGGAUAAGGCCGAACUAUAUGUCAUACCUGCUCGGGCUACUGAGAAAAACAGCUGGGCUAGUGCGGAUCCCAUAUGUCUUCGAUGGCAAAUGGAAUUUGUAUUCCGGCAGGUGCCCGUGCAUUGUGAACCGAUCUAUCAUGCUUACUGGUCGCCGGACCACAGCGUUCCAUUCGCUCUCUUCAGAUCAUCGUCGAAGCAGUCAGGAGAGGAUUUGCCUGAUACCCUCCUCUUAAGUGAAUCAAAUCUUCUGCGCUACAUGGAUCAUCAUCACCCUCUAGCACGUCCCGAGCUCGAUGAAAAAUCUGUGUGGCCUGAGGGUGCUGAGGACGAAGUACCAAUAUGGAAGAAUCUCUUGGAAAGACGUGUUAUGGCUGGUGUCUUGCUAUCGUGCAUCCGCUCAGGCGUGUACACACCACCACCUUCCUCUAAGCCGUUUCUUCGCCGCUGGUUUGCACCUCUCUUCCCCGGCGAAUCAUCUCCGGAUGAGGUAGCAUUUGCACGCCUCGCAUGUAUUAGCUCAGCAGGAGCAUCGCCUGCUAGUCUCGCUGCCGUGUAUGGGCGCGAUUACUUAGCCGAUGCAAAGAACCCUCUCACACUCGUCCCCGGCUAUUCUGUCGAUUGGGUUGGUUUUCUAAGUGGUACAUCCUCGCACACAGCUUCUGAUGCUGCAGAAGAUGCAGAGUUUGUACCAUCUCAAUUACGAGUUGAUCAAGAUGCAAUCCGACGAGAUGCCGCUGAGGGUUUAGAGGCUGUAGCGGUUCGGCUUGCCUCGGAUGUCAACGUUUCAACAGGUGAAGGAUGGUUGCUCGGUGCCAAGCGUGCUACAUCUCUCGACUGCCUUCUCUUUGCUAUUUUGCACACACUGGACACUCUUCCCCUUGACGAGGCCCGCAUGCUUCGGAAUGUCAUGGAUCGACACAGCUGCUUGGGAGCAUAUUACCGACGGCUCCACUCAUAUUUGCCGUAG